CGCAAAGGACCAAGCAAGCCAACACCGGCUGUUCUGCCCGCAGGCAACGUCGCCUGACCCGAAGCGGUCGAGCGAAACAAAGGAAAGAAGAUUGCGCCUGCGGAUAUGAGACGUCGGGACCGCGCUAGCCAUGUUACGAGGCUACCUGAACGUGACGUUGUCCUCGCCUCUUGAGCUUGGGCAGGUUUUUUGCAAGGUGAAGAAGACGAAUUUUUCGAAUUUUUACAUUAUCAAGACACGAUAGACGCUCGAGAAACCAUCAGUUUGACGGAUCUGUUGAAAGGAGAAGAGAGCUUUUGAUCUAGAUUUCUUAACGGAGCAAUAUCAGAUGGCUUUCUCGUGGAAGUACCCACAGCAUGCUCAUCCAUCGUACUGGGGACCUGUGACGGCGCAAGCAAACUUUUGCGAAGAGGACUACAUUCUCACCGGAUACAUCGCAGAAGUCAUCAAUACGGCGUCUAAUCUCACCUAUCUCCUCUAUGCCUACCACGGCAUAAAGUCAAAUGCAAAUCACAAAGAUGCAAUCUUUCGAAACCUCCCCUAUCUCGGCAUAGCAGGCGUAGGCAUCGGCUCUUCAAUCUUCCACGCAACACUCAAGAACUACACACAAUGGUGUGACGACCUCUCCAUGCUCAUCGCCACAGCCACCGUCCUCCACCGCGUCUUCACCUUCGACAAAUCCCUCUCCGUCACCGUUUCCUCUGGCCUCCUUAUCACCCUCUUCAUGGCCACCUUCAGCACCUGGCACUGCAUCACCGACGAGCUGACCAUGCACUCCGUGCUCUUCGGCCUCAUGAUCGCAACCAUCGGCCUCAAGACCCGCUCCAUCAUCUCUGCCCGCGUCUCCAACCCACUCAUCAAAGCCCAAGUCUUCAAACUCUGCACUUGGGGCUCCGUGAUCUUUGUCACAGGGUUCGCGAUCUGGAAUGUCGAUAAUGCGAUCUGUGGGAAGCUGACAGCGUGGAAGAGGGCCGUGGGGAUGCCGUGGAGCUUUGCGUUGGAGUUGCAUGGCUGGUGGCAUGUUUUUACGGGGGCCGGGGCAUACAUUUUUAUUGCGCUUGUGGAGUACCUCACUUCUGAAGAUGCGGGAAAACCGCUGGGGGGACGCUUCGCGUUUCCGGUUGCGUGGUUGGUUGAUGGAGAGGCGGGGAAGGAGAAGGUUGAGGCGAAUGGGAACGGGCAUGCGAAUGGGUUUGCGAAGGCAAACGGAGCUGUGAAGGUAAACAGAUCGAAUGGGAAGGCGAAUGGGAACGUAAAUGGGAAUGCGAAGGCCAAUGGGAUGGCGCACGAGAAUGGGAAUGCGAAGAAGUCUCUCUAGCUGAGAGUGCGAAGCGGGACACCGAAAUUGUUGUUUGAUUCCUUGAUAUCUUUUCUUGUUUACUAGAAGCGAAUGUUUUCCCGAGUAGAACUAGAACUCACAAUUUGGAAGGCUAGUCUUAAUGGAAGUCAUUGUCUCAAAUACUCCUGG